CACAGUCGCUCCGAAUCGGGAACUAGGCAUCAGCAGAGAUAGCAGGCUUUACUUCGCCCUAUAGGCUAACUCGCUUUACGCUUUGGUUCAGGAUGGACACCUCUUCGAUUUCUCGGAGCCGACGAUGCUCCUUUAUGCGCAACUGCAAAAGCGGUCUCUCCCUCUGGCUGGUGGUGUGGCUGGUCCUCGGCAAGCCAAGUCCGGCAUCGGCGUGUCCGCACAAUUGCGUGUGCUACCCGACGCCCAUGACUGUGAGCUGCCAGGCGCAGAACUUCACCGCCGUCCCAGUCGGAGUGCCCUAUGAGUCGCAGCGCGUAUUCCUCCAGAACAACCGCAUCACGGAGCUGAGAGUUGGCUCUUUUGGAUUUGGGACUCAGGUCCUGUGGCUGUUCUCUAACAACAUCACGUGGAUUGAAGCUGGGGCUUUCAGUGAGCUGAGGGACUUGGAGGAGUUGGACUUGGGGGAGAACUCCAACCUCCACAGGCUGGAGGGGGGAGCCUUCCGCGGCCUUGAGAAGCUCCAGAGCCUCCACAUGCACCGCUGCCGGCUCACUGCUCUGCCCCAUGACAUCUUCCACAAGCUUUACAGCCUGCAGUUCCUCUACCUGCAGGAGAAUAAUCUCCACUUCCUGCAAGAUGACAUCUUCUCUGACCUCAUCAACUUGAGCCAGCUGUUCCUGCAUGGCAACCGAAUCCGCACCCUGUCAGAGAACGUGUUCCGUGGCCUGGUCAACCUCGACCGCCUUCUCCUCCACGACAACCGCAUCAGGCAGGUGAACCGCAGAGCCUUCCGCGACCUCGGCCGACUCACCAUGCUUUUCCUCUUCAACAACUCCCUGGCUGAGCUACCCAGCCAGGCCCUGAGGGACACCCAGGGGAUCGAGUUCCUCCGCCUCAACGCCAACCCCUGGUCCUGCGGCUGCGAGGCCCGCGGCCUGUGGGAGUGGUUCCGUGAGGCCCGCGUCUCUUCUUCCGAGGUUAUCUGCGCAUCCCCUGCUGCCCGCCGCAACCAGGACCUCCGCUUUCUUCGUGAGAUGGACUUCGCCCCCUGCCCCCUUCCCGACGCCGGCUCCAUCGCUGGUUCCACCACCACCACCUUCAGCACCAAAACCCGCUGGUGGUUCCACAAGAACAAGCCUCAGUCGUCAACGAAAGGUGUCUUCGAGAAAGCCUCAGAGAAUGUCAAAGCUGGUUUAUAUGGUAAAGGCCCAUCCACAACAACCUCAGUAGUCAAGUACGAGUUGGGGGAGGAAGAGCUGGCGCUGCCCAAGCUCGACGCAGAAGAGUACUGGGCGAAUUACGGCAAUGAGGACUCAGGUGUCACCCUGCGAUGCUUCGAGCUUGAAUGCCCGCCUGACUUUGACCUGCCUACAUCUUCUUCCUCUCCCUCAUCGCCCUCUCUCCUCACACUCCUAGCCCUUUCUGUUUGCAGUCUCUGCUUCAACCUCCACCUGCUAUUCGGCUGAAUCUGACUCUUAGCGCGACAUCCCAUUCCCCUUUCAGGCUGUUUUAAAGGCUGUGAGGAAUCCUGUUAGACUGACACCCCCUUUGCCCGCUUUGCUGUAAGCCAAUUCUCAAGGCACAGCCAGGGAGAUAGGGGGACGGUGAGAUUCUGAAUCUUCCACCUACAGGGCUUAACACUUAAGAGUUAUUCAACUAAGGUCAAGUACAUCUACAAUACUCUACAGGUAUGGCUUUAUGUCACCUGUAUGGUGUCACGUUGAGUUUCUCUGCAAUCAGGGCUAGGAGGGGCUGAGUCCAUCACCGAUAUCAGUGCAAUUUGUAAAUGAUGUGUUCAUUUUGUCACCAAUAAUGGCUAUUAGUGCAUUCAAUGUACUGGCUGCUACGAAUACUACGAUUGCUGUUAGAAUCAGUGCAAGACAAUACUGUAACCACUUAAAGUGUUAUGUAAAUAGUAUGAUAUCUGUGGUUCAACUUUCAUCUCCAUUUAGGAGUGCUUCUAAAGGGCAGAGCACAGUGUGGAUUAGAGUUUGCUCAAAGAGGGAACAGAGAGGAAGAUAUACUGUGAAGCUUGGAGGGGAAAGAGAGUAAGAACAAAGGAACAGCAGCGAGGAGAAUGGCAGGGAGAAGAAAGAGAGGGGUUGUUCAACGAAACAACAUUAGAAAGAGGAAGAUAUCAAAAAGGAGGGAGAAGUGGAGACAGUGUUCAUGCAGCAAUAAGAAAAGAGGCGGAGAUAACACAGCGAGGCACUGUGACAGGGACAGUGCUGGCCGUAGAAGCAGCAACAUGCGGGAGAAAAGUAAUAAAUCCACUCAUCAGCUAGUUGUACCCAUCCAUCUCACUACCAUCCACCAUUUUCUGUGAACGUGUUGUCGUGUGAGACAACAACUGUUAAAUAAUGCUUCCUAUCAGGAAGCCAGAUAUUCUGCUUUUUUAUGUCUUUCUGUGACAUAUUGAUAUACUGUGUUAAGAUUGUUGACAUGGAUGCAGAUCAAGAUCUUGAUAAAAAAUACUACACCGAA